AUGCUACCUUCUAUGGGUGCCCAAUUCGAAUUCCCAGGAUAUACUCCCCUCAAUGACGCAGUGCACAGCCACACCAGAGAUUUCCUGACCAGAAAACAUUCUGACUGGCUGGGACUCAGUCAGCUGGCGCUGUUGGGCUUCUCCAUGGUCCUUCGGGAGUUGAGAUUGGGAAUCAUCAUCAUUACUCUAAAUAUUGCUGCCUACCGAAGAAUCUGCAUCGAAUCUUCCAUCCGCUGA